UGGAACCUUCUCGAUCCAACAAAGAAAAGCAAUCUGGAGACUAAAACUCUGUGUGAAGCUGCAACAAUGGGAUCUCCAUCAGAAAUUGUGGAAAUCUUGGACAAAGGGAAGCAACCUUGCAAGGAAGAUACAAGAGUAGAUAUUGUAGGGCCAAGCAGGUUACCUAAACAAGAUCCUAAGCUUAUCCCACUGCGUAAUGCCCGGGAUCAAAUUUCAUGUGAUGAUAGACGAAGACUCCAGUACCUAACUACAUGUGUUCCGCUAUAUCAAGCUGCUAUGAAAGGAGACUGGAAAGCAGCCAAACCUAUAAUCGAUAUUCAAGAAGAUAUUGUCAUUGCAACCAUUACAAAUAAUUUAGAGAUUGCUCUUCACAUUGCUGUUGCAGCAAAACACAAAGUUUUUGUGAGACAUCUACUUGAGAGGAUGAACUCCCAUGACUUGGCCUUGCAAAACAAGCAUGGCAACACAGCCUUAUGUUUUGCUGCUGCAUCAGGAGUUAUUGAGAUUGCUGAAAUGUUGAUAGACAAGAAUCCAAAUCUUCCGAUGAUUCGUGGUGGUGGAGAAAUGAUUCCAAUCCACAUGGCUUCUUUGUUCGGGCAUGGAGAUAUGGUCAAAUACCUUUACUGCAAAACAGACUUCAGCAAUCUAAACGCAAUUGUAGAUGUUGCUCUAACAAUGUUAAAGGAGAAGGAAGCACUCGCCUUUUCUCGAAAUGGUGCAGGGGAGACAGCUUUGCAUUUGAUGGCUCGCAAGCCUUCAGCAAUUGCCCAUAAAAGACAGCUAAACUUUUUUAAAAGUAUAGCAAAUUCUAUUUUCAAGGGAUUCUUUCAUGGAGCCAAAAUGCAAACUUUAGCUCAUCAACUUGUCCAUGAAUUAUGGAAAUCGGUUGUACAAUUACCAGUGGGAAAGCUUUGGGAAUUUUUGGGGUCACCUUCAAGGCUACUCUUUGAAGCUGCAAAAUCGGGAAAUGUUGAGUUUUUGGUUAUUCUUAUUCGCUCUUAUCCAGAUCUUAUAUGGAAGGUCGAUGAUAGGAAUCGAAGCUUAUUCCACGUUGCUGCUUUAAAUCGUCAUGAAAGCAUAUUUGAUAUUGUCUAUGAACUUGGGGCCAUCAAGGAUUUGAUAGUAGCAUAUAAAGAAGAUACAUCAAAAAAUAACUUGUUACAUCUUGUGGCACGUUUACCUCCUCCAAAUCGACUACAAGUUGUUUCAGGAGCAGCACUUCAGAUGCAAAGAGAGCUCCUUUGGUUCAAGGCAGUUAAGAAGAUAGUUCCCCGUUCAUAUAUCAAAACAAAAAACAAUGAUGGUGAGAUUGCACAUGAUCUAUUUACAAAAGAACACGAUAACUUACGCAAAGAAGGAGAGAAAUGGAUGAAAGAAACUGCGACAUCAUGUAUGCUUGUAGCAACGCUGAUAGCGACUGUAGUCUUUGCAGCAGCCUUUACCGUACCAGGUGGAAACAAUGAAGCAAACGGCUUCCCUAAAUUUGGAAAAAAGUUAUGGUUUGACAUGUUUAUCUUAUCAAAUUCGGUUGCCCUUUUUUCAUCUGUGACAUCUAUUGUGAUAUUCUUGUCGAUCCUAACUUCUCGGUAUGCAGAAGAUGAUUUUUGUACAGCCUUACCAUUAAAACUUAUGUUAGGACUUCUAGCAUUGUUUGUAUCCAUUAUCUCCAUGGUUCUUGCCUUCACCUCAACAAUGAUCCUAAUCCGCUACCAGGAACCUAAGUAUAGCUUAAUCCUCAUCAUUUCCCUUGCUUUGCUCACGGCCCUCUCCUUUGUUACGUUGCAUAUUCAUCUCUGGGUAGACACUCUACGCUCAUGUUUGUUCAAGUUUCUCUUCAAGCAACGUAAAAGUGGCAUAUACUCCUAAAACCAUAUUAAUGUGAUAUGUAAAAGCUAUGAAAGGUUGUUAAAGUUUUGUAUUUUCUGUUUUGAUCCCAUAAUUUUCUUAAAGCGAUGUUCUUUUGUAUGCAAUUGUUAAUCAAUUACUUUUUUAGUG